CCCAAAGUUGCCAUGCCCGAUCUUUCUUUCAUUCUUUGUUUUUUUCCACACCAUCCAAAAUGUCCAUCCCAUCCGAGUCGUGGCGUCCCGAAUCUGUCGUGCUUGAGACGUCGAUGGGCGCAGUCAUUGUCGAGCUGUACUGGGACCACGCUCCCAACACGUGCCGCAACUUUGCCGAGCUGGCACGAAGAGGCUACUAUGAUGGCAUCAAGUUCCACCGAAUUGUCCGAGACUUUGUGAUUCAGGGAGGCGAUCCCACUUCAACAGGCCGUGGUGGCAUGUCGAUCUACGGUGAAAAGUUUGCCGACGAGCUGACCCGCGAACUAAAGCACACGGGUGCUGGCAUUCUGUCCAUGGCGAACAGCGGCCCAAACACGAAUGGCAGCCAAUUCUUCAUCACUCUCGCGCCGACCCCACAUCUCGAUGGUAAACACACGAUUUUCGGACGCGUCAGCUCGGGCAUGUCCAACGUGCACAAGAUGAGCUUGGUGGCGACGAACAGUGCCGAUCGGCCAUUGGAGGACGUGGUGAUUGUGAAGGCCAGCGUGUUGUAGACCUGUCACAUGGACGUUUGUUGUGCGAAUUUCAGUCUGUUUGUUUUCUUUUCCCGGCCAAGCAAUGAAAAGGGGCCCAUUUUUUAAGCCUGAAGCUUUUACAGAA